AAAAAGUUAAAACGGUUGCCGGCGCGCUAAUCCCGUGCUAAAAUAUGUAUGUGGUGGACAGGCACCAUUCCUCCUAUCAGUCGUGUCCAGUUACAGUUGACACACAGCGAGGUGUCUUUACUUACAACCAUCAUGCCUCUUGAGUUGGACAAACAUGGUCAGGAAAUCACCACCGUUGGCUUCAAUCGGUUUGGCUUCGACAGCGAGGUCUCCAUAGAAGCUCUACGUGCUCUCUAUCUUAGACCCCACUAUGGCUACACGUCCGAUAGCUCUGACACCGCAGGAACCAAUGCUGCAGAUGAUGAAGCCUUAAAGGCGACUGCUGGAACCUCCGACGCUGCCUAUCAAUCGAAAUCCAUCUAUCAUCCUGAUAUCAACUCAAUCUCAUACACCACCCUCUCGCGUUUUCCUCCAGUCAAACUUUUAUUUCCUUCCAUGCGAAAACGCGUUCUGGUCACCGGCGGCGCAGGUUUCGUAGGGUCUCAUCUCGUCGAUCGUCUCAUGCUUCUAGGCCACGAAGUCACUGUACUCGACAACUUCUUUACGGGUUCCAAGACCACAGUCAGUCAUUGGGUUGGCCAUCCAAACUUUGAACUCGUUCGCCAUGACGUUGUCGAACCUUUCAUGAUAGAAUGUGAUCAAAUCUACCACCUCGCCUGUCCUGCGUCUCCCCCUCAUUAUCAAUACAACGCCGUCAAAACCAUCAAGACGUCUUUCAUGGGCACUCUGAACAUGCUCGGUUUAGCCAAACGUACCAAAGCUCGGUUCCUGAUCUCGAGUACAUCCGAAGUAUAUGGCGACCCCGAGGUCCAUCCUCAACCUGAAGACUAUUGGGGUCACGUAAACCCGAUUGGUCCUCGAGCUUGUUACGACGAAGGCAAACGUGUGGCUGAAACGCUCACCUACGGCUUCCAUCGACAAGAUGGUGUCGACGUCCGGGUGGCGCGUAUCUUCAAUACGUACGGCCCACGUAUGAACCCGUAUGACGGACGAGUAGUCUCAAACUUUAUCGUUCAAGCAUUGAAGGGUGAGGAUCUCACCGUUUAUGGUGACGGCAAACAAACUCGCUCUUUCCAAUACAUCCACGACCUCAUCGACGGCCUCAUCUGCCUAAUGAACUCCAACGAGACCCGUCCCGUCAAUAUUGGCAACCAAGAAGAAUUCACCAUUGGGGAAUUUGCUGAACUUGUUCAGGAGAUUGUAGAAAAAGUACAGGAUGAGGAUGGAGACAAGAGGACUCGUCGGGUGGAGAUCGUUUAUAAGCCGAUACCUACUGAUGAUCCGCAGAAGAGACGGCCGGACACUACUCGUGCUAAAGAAACCCUGGGAUGGCAGCCUCGUUGGACGGUGCGAAUGGGCUUGGAAGAAAUGGUGAGGUAUUACAAGUCGAAGAUGGCUGAAGGAAGUCUUUGAGGGCCUGGUUUUUAUGAUUUAAAAAGUGCUUAGUACUCUGGCC